GUUAGUACACAAAAUCUACUUGGAGAUGCUCUCGCAGUACAAUUCAAUGCUGGGUAAUCGAACAGCCGGUGGCGUCGUGUUUGACAGCCGUCAGACGGUUGCCCAUUUUUAUCUCCGCAUAGAUUCUCCGUUCACGCGGAUCGCCUUCAUCUCGCUCCCUCUCUUCUCCCCGCCCAAAACCCUACCAACUCCUACUCUCCAUCCACGCCAUGGCGCCGCCGGGCUCGCCCGCUCCCUUCACCGUCGGCGGGCCGAUGCUGAACAUGAUAUUCCAAGCGGCGUCCGACGGAGAUCUCCACCUCUUCAAGAGGCUGGUGACGAUGCUGGACAUGGGCAGGGGCCGCCUCAAGGAGACGGUGGAGGCGCUGAGGGUGGAGGAUGCCGGGUUGCUUCAGGGUCUCGGGGCGCUGCACGUCGCCACUAACCGAGGGAGGAUGGAGGUUUGCAGGUACCUGGUCGGGGACCUGCAGGUUGAUGUGAACGCCGUCGACAAGGGAGGUAGAACACCUCUGUUUUUUGCGAUAUCUUGUAAGGGUGUGGGUAUUGCCAAAUAUCUUCUUGAUCAUGGUGCCGAUCCAAACAAAAGCUGCCACAAUGGGCUUUCCCCUUUACAUGAAGCCACUACAUCAGGAGAUUGUGAAACUGUUAAACUAUUGCUUGCUAAAGGAGCCUAUAUUGACCCGGUAGCCUUUUGUGGGACACCACUUCAUUGCGCCGCUACUCAAGGGCAUGAUGGCAUUUUGAAGAUUUUGCUGGACCACAAUGCAGAUCGCAAUAAAGAGGUAAAUGGCAAGACGCCUCUCAUUGCAGCUAUAGAUGCUGACUCAAGGAACUGCAUGCUUCUCCUGAUUAGGGCUGGUGCUGAUGCCAAGGGAGCUUUAACCUAUGCUGUGGAGAAUCUCCAUUCUCAAAAACUCGUUUCAACUGACUUCGUCAAUUGCAUUAAGGAGGAUGCUGCUGCCGACCGUGUUCUUCCAGAUGAUGACGAGCCUGUGUCUAAAAACAAAACUAGAGUGGCAGGGUUUAAGAAACUUGCGAACAACUCUUUCAAGAAGGAGGAUUAUUUUUCUGCAGCAGGAUCCUACAGUGUGGCAACAGCUAUGAAGAGAAAAGCAGGGCCAAACACCAUUAAGAUUAAUGCUUUUUUUAAACUGGUUGCUUCAAGUUCUCAACCUACUGAAAGAUUAAUCGCUGCUCCAGCAAGCCUUACUCAUUCAGGAUUAAUCGACUAUGCCGAGUCUCUUCUCAGUCAUGUGGUAGAUUUCCUAUCUCAUUGUCAGUGCCCACAAAUUCCAAAUAUUUGCCUCGUUGGUUGUAGGCAAUGAUGCUUGAUCCAGAUGAUGCGACCAUGUACUCAAACAGGAGCCUUUGCUCGCUCCGCAUGGGUGACGGAGACAAGGCUUUGGUAGAUGCUAACGAAUGCAGAAAAAUGCGGCCUGAUUGGCCAACAGCCUGUUACCGGCAGGGCGCGGCUCUGAUGUUACUGAAGGAUUACAAGGGUGCUUGUGAAAGUUGCCUGGAUGGACUCAAGUUGGACCGAGCUAACACUGAGAUUGAGGAUGCAUUACGGAAAGCUUAUGAUGCCAUGCAAGAUGUCUCGAAGCACCAAGGCUGAGUAACUGUUUGCAGGGGGAAGGAGUUCUUUGUUUUCUUUAAAAGUGGGAAGACGUUCGGGAUCUGCUCUCUAGUCCCUGUAGUUGAGCGUUUCACCUUUUGCUUAUAGGCUUUGAAUUCCUGAACUCGUCUGAUGGGAAAUCAAGUAAACUACUGGCAUAAACAUCUGGGGGGUUUUAUUUGGUUUCCUAUCUUUUUGUGUCAUUCAUUCAGGCUGUCACAAGAUAGAUUAUUAUCUGUCCUGGAGCAUCUACAACCACACUUAGGCAAAUCGUCCCCUCAUAUGCCCUUCAAAUCCAUAUAAUCUCAUGCAACAUAGAUCAAACAAUGUACUUUAUAAUUCUUAUAGAGCAUAGAAUUAACGAGCUAUGGAGAAAGUUCAUCCA